CUUCAUAAUUUGUUUUCCAAAGUUGCCGUUAUGCCUGGCCCAGUCUCAACAAGCAUCGGGGUUCAGAGCAGUACCAAUGUAGCAAUGGUGGAAGAAAAUUUGCGAAUACACACGUUCACCGAAAUUCCGUCGCCGGAGAUAUUCUCUUCUCAGAUUGAACCCAAAAACGUCCCAGCGGUCUUCAAGGGAUGCAUAAAGCAUUGGAAAGCUUUCUCAAAAUGGAAACCGUCGGACGGUGGCUUAAUAUACUUGCAGGAACGCGUAGGUUCAAUAGUCGUGGAAGCUAUGCGGUCCAGAUCUGCACCAGUCUUUUAUGGUGAUAUUAGAAGCCAUGAAAGGGUCCCACUGCCUUUUUCUACCUUUAUCAAAUAUUGCUUGUGCCUAUUGGAAAAUAGGGAUGGAAGGCGAGAUGCUUUUCUGGAAUCUCAGAAGCAUAGUCUUGCAGUAUCUGACACUGAUCAAGCUUUACUUUUUGGAGAAGCUCCUCAGCAAUUUUAUUUAGCACAGGUACCAAUUCUGAAUUUUGAGAACAAGGAACACAAGCAACUGGAGUGCCUUGGAGAAGAUAUUCAAACGCCUGUACCUCUGGAGACCAAAAGCCUAGCUUCUGUUAAUUUGUGGAUGAACAGCAUGAAGUCUAGAUCUAGCACACACUACGAUCCGCACCACAACCUCUUAUGCAUAGUAUCUGGGUGCAAGGAAG